GAACAGCAAGGAGGUAUUGAAGCAUCCAGCUACCGAUGUCAGAAUUGGAGGUCAGAAGCUGGUCUGGGGAAGAAUGGAAAACCAUCAAAUGGACUAACCUGGGCCACCCUUUAUCACAGUGCUGACAGCUUGGAUAGGUUUAUGUAUAUCGGUGCAGUAUGACAGGGCAGUUUACAGAUUGGUACCCCAUGUGAGGAUCAGAGGAAGUUUGCUGAUGGUCUGCUCACAGAUUACAGGAUCCUGUGAGAGCUGCUAAAGAUGUCUGAUAGUGCGGAUACCGACGAAAAACCUCCAGCUCCUCCACUUAGAAUGAAUAGUAAUAACCGUGACUCGUGUGCGGUGAAUCACAGCUCCAAACCUCUCCCUAUGGCGCCAGAAGAGAAAAAUAAGAAAGUCAGGCUCCGUUCCAUCUUCCCUGGAGGAGGGGAUAAAACAAACAAGAAGAAGGAAAAGGAGAGGCCCGAAAUCUCUCUGCCCUCGGACUUCGAACAUACGAUUCAUGUGGGCUUCGACGCUGUAACAGGAGAGUUCACUCCAAAUCUCUAUGGCUCACAGAUGCUGACAGGGAAACUCCUCGAGGGAAUUCCAGAGCAGUGGGCAAGGUUACUUCAGACUUCCAAUAUCACUAAACUGGAACAGAAGAAAAACCCACAGGCUGUUCUAGAUGUCCUCAAGUUUUAUGACUCCAAAGAGACGGUUAACAACCAGAAGUACAUGAGCUUUACAUCAGGAGAUAAAAGUGCACAUGGAUACAUAGCAGCCAAUGCUCUGCCCAUAGAUCAUCACAGUCAUCUUUCUUUGCCCAGCCUCGGUUCUGUUAUGGUGUUUCCACAAGUGUGGCCUCCAGAACUAUGUACAACAUUCCAGAGUACAAAAUCAGCAUCAGAACCUCCACUUGCACCUCCCGUUUCUGAAGAAGAAGAUGAAGAAGAGGAAGAAGAAGAAGAAGAGGAUGAUAAUGAACCUCCUCCCAUUAUAGCACCUCGACCCGAGCACACAAAAUCUAUUUAUACCCGCUCCGUAAUUGAACCCAUUACUCUACCUGCACCAGCUAAGGAGGCUCCUGUGUCUCCUGUGACCUCACUGCCUGACAAGACAAGCACAAGCACUUUGUACAGACAUACAGACCGACAGAGAAAAAAGUCAAAGAUGACAGAUGAAGAGAUUUUAGAACGACUAAGAAGUAUAGUGAGUGUUGGAGACCCAAAGAAAAAAUAUACAAGAUUUGAAAAAAUUGGACAGGGGGCUUCGGGUACUGUGUACACAGCAAUAGAUAUUGCCACUGGACAAGAGGUGGCUAUUAAACAGAUGAAUUUACAACAGCAGCCGAAAAAGGAACUAAUAAUUAAUGAGAUUUUGGUCAUGAGGGAAAACAAAAAUCCCAAUAUUGUUAACUACUUAGACAGUUACUUAGUAGGUGAUGAACUCUGGGUAGUCAUGGAAUAUUUAGCUGGUGGCUCCUUAACUGAUGUUGUCACGGAAACAUGUAUGGAUGAGGGGCAGAUUGCAGCUGUCUGCAGAGAGUGCCUCCAGGCCUUGGACUUUCUACACUCCAAUCAAGUUAUCCAUAGGGACAUUAAGAGUGACAAUAUUCUUCUUGGAAUGGAUGGAUCUGUAAAAUUAACGGAUUUUGGUUUCUGUGCUCAGAUCACUCCAGAACAGAGUAAAAGAAGUACAAUGGUAGGGACUCCAUAUUGGAUGGCACCUGAGGUGGUCACAAGAAAGGCUUAUGGCCCAAAGGUGGAUAUAUGGUCCCUAGGAAUUAUGGCAAUAGAAAUGGUAGAAGGAGAACCUCCAUACCUUAAUGAAAAUCCACUCAGGGCAUUGUAUUUGAUUGCAACCAAUGGAACACCAGAACUCCAAAAUCCUGAAAGACUAUCCACUGUUUUCCGAGAUUUUCUAAAUCGAUGUCUUGAGAUGGAUGUGGAUAGGAGAGGAUCAGCGAAGGAGCUUUUACAGCAUACAUUUUUGAAGUUAGCCAAGCCCCUCUCCAGUCUUACACCCUUGAUCAUUGCAGCAAAGGAAGCCAUUAAGAACAGCAGUCGCUAAAAGUCUCCAUUUUAUUCUGUUUUGGCUUUCUGUGUGGCUGGCCUGGAAAGGAAAUCUCUGGAAUCCUUAACCACAGUACUUCAUGACUAAUGAACUGCUACAGCAGUGACAGACAUAAAGGGGUGCUGCGACUCUUCAGAAACAGAGUUUUAGUUCACAACCCUCUCUGCAGUUUAUGGCACUAGAAUAGCUCUUUUACUGAAAUGACAGUACAGUGAGCUCAACAGAUGAGAAAUGGAUUCACUGCCAUCUACAGAAACUAUCUAAAAUGAAUGCAUUCAUAUGCAGUGGAAUCAUCUGUACCAAUUUAAGAAUGUUAAAAUAUUAAGCAGAUGGUUGAAGCAUAUAAAUAUAUUUCUUUGUCCCAUGCACAGUUUUCAAUUACGUAAGAAAUGUGAAUUUUCAUCAGAUAACAAAACACAAUUCCAUUAGUGAAGUGACAUGCCACACAUUCAGCAAAGCACUCAGUAAAAUAAAAUACACACAUUUUGCUGUUGCCCUAGAAAGUCUCCCUGAAUUCUGGUAUGGAAAGAUUUUAAAUUAUGAAUCCUUUGUAUGGGAUAUAACUUUUCUGGAUGUGAUUGUCGUACCAUUCUGUUUACUACAUGUUUCAACAAACAAUGACUUUUAUUCUGGUUGAACAAGCACUUCACUUUAGGUGUUAGAAUUUACAUUCUACACUGUGUUCGACAGGAAUGCAAUGAUGAAUGACACCAGAUGAAUCCAGUGGUGCUUUUAGCAUUAUAUCAAAUUAAACUAAGGAUGCACUUGCUGCGUGCUGCAGCUUCAUUGCAAAGUGAUGACAAAUGACAAAGAAUUCCGUUUUUAGAACAGUGCAUUUUCUUUACUUGGAAGAAUGACUGAUGCUUCUGAUCUUCACACAUACUGACAAUGCAAUGAAUUCAUCCCAAGGUUAUUCCUUCACUGCCAUCCUCUAAGGUAACCCACACACUUAAAAGAAGCAGGUUUAAUUGAAUAUUACAAGGAUAUAAUGAAUGUCUGCUCUUCCCCAUGACGAUAUUUUAAGCUUAGUUUUUGUUAGUAACCUGAGAUUCAUUAUGUUUCGUGUCAUAGCUGUAAACAUGUAUCUCUUAAUUAACAAAUGAAAAGUUACUGAAUGAUAAAAACGUGAAAUGUUUUCUUCAUCUUACAGUAUAUCCUUCAAGUAUAUCCAUCUGUUCUCCUUCCUCCUUCUCAUAUUCUCCUUUUUCAUGUCACCAAGUACAGCACCUUAAAGAGAAUCAUAUUUACUUAUUUUCUGUAGUGACUGGUCUUUAAAUGUUGCUCAACCACCCAUUAGUUUUUUUAAUGUACUGGUCUGUAUUGAAGUAAUUUGAUGUUCAAUGCUGGCACACUGCUGUUAAUAACAAAUUUGUAGCACUUGGACAUAGUUGAUGCUCCGCUACAAUUAUUUUGUUUUUGGCACAUAACCAGAGUACAGAGGAGAAAUUCUAUGACUAAAAGAAAUAGCAAUUUAAGUAAGUAAUGUAAGUUUUAAUUGGUCUUAAACAUUAAGAACAGAAUCUAUGAAAGUGUAACCAGCAACAGCAUGCAGCCAGUGUUUAAAAUUCCAGUAAAGGAUUAAAAUGGAAUAGUAUGUUUUUCACAGUUAUUCUAAGUUGCUGCUUACAUUACAGUAUGAGUAUAAGUCUGAUGAUGUGUUGUUUCAUACUUUUUUGGAAAAAAAAUAAGUCUGCAUCUUGAUAUUUUUGUUAAUCUAUCACUUCCCAGCCAGAUCAUUUAUUAAAAUUAAUUGUAAUUUUAUAAUCUGAAGGACCAUUCUAAGGUAAUUUACAUUGUAGCACUCAGCAUCAGCUUCUGGAGUAAAUCUGUGAUAGGAACGUUCAUGGAUAAGUGUGUGUGUGUGGGGGGGUGUGUGGGCGUGCAUGUAUUUUUCUGUCUGUUUAUAUGUCUGCCCAUUCAGAAGGGCAGAUAUCUGGUUAUGUUUUUUUUUCAUUUGUUGAGGAACAAAACGUUUGUUUUCUGAAAAUGUCUAUUGUAUUUACUGUUUAAGCCUGUAAGUGGCACAGUCAUUUGUUGUACAUAACUCAAUAACUAGAUGUAGCUCAAUAAAUUUUCCAGUCACUGUGUACAGCAGAUAUAAUCAUCUGUAAACAGACUUGAUAAAAUCUUGAAAAUGCACAGCUCAGGCAUAGAUGCAAGCUCAUGCUAAAUGAACCAGAGAAAGUUCUAGAAAAUUGUAGUCAGAAAUUGGAUGUACACAUAAUUUAUAUUUCAACUUUUAUAUCCCCUGUUAGAUAUUGCUGAGGGGGCUCCCCCAUUUGUGAUGUAUGCUCACAUUGUUUAAGAUAUGGACUUGCUGGUUGUGCAGUACUAUGAUGUAGCAUAAAGCCCAAAUAAACUAGGAUUGUAUUAGAAAGGUCAACUACCGAAUGGUCAGCAUUUUUAAAUAAAAGAAAUAAGUUAACAUUUGAGUGUUAGAGAAAGAACAUUAAACAAAAUACUCAUGUUUUUUUUAAAGGGAUAGGUUGUUCUGUACAUGCUGAGGGCUUGUGCUCCCCACAGCCCAAAAAUGCUAUUACUCUCAUUCCCAGGUCUCAAUCCUUUGAGGGAAAGGACAUCUCCCUUUCCAAAGGAUAUGUGACCACACAAUACAAGUAAUUGCAGAGUGGCUUGUAACUGCUGAUUGGCCUUUUUGCCUUUAAAAAACAUGACAUAUGAGUUCCUAGAUGGAACACAUUAAAUUGUAUGUAGGCAUAGUUAUGUGUGGGGCUUUCAACACAUUUAAGUUACUCUGAAGAACAUCUGCUAGGGUCUAGAUUCAAGCCUGCAUGGGUUGUACAGCCUUAACACAGAACAUGAGGUGUUAUCAUUCAUUAGGUCCUUAUUGCUGUACGUGAAGUGGAUCUGUUGUGUGGUCAGUGGGGAGAAGACAUUUGCUUACCUAUGGGUUAAGAACAGAAAUAAAGAAAGCCAGAGUGGAGAUAGGUACUGCUUCUUGCCUAUAAUGUUUCUGUACUUAUGUGAAUAUGUCUGUAAUCUUCUAAUUGUCCUGUUUAUUUAUUGGCAACUGGAUAUUCAGUUGUGAAUCCAGGCACCAGAUACACAAUAUUUAACUUAAUGGACUAUGGUUGUUAUUUUAAGCAGAUAAA